GCAGGGAAGGAAACCGGAUACGACCCGUUUGAUAUACGGGUAUAACCCGAAAACCUGAAACAUCAGAAAUGAGUUCCCCCAAUUCCCAACUACAACUGUCUCCCCACUCUUGCUGCCAAAAUUACAGAAACCUUCCGCCAUUUAUUACUCUAGAUCAGAGAGUAGAGAGAGAGAGAGAGAGAGAGAGAGAGAGAGAGAGAGAGAGAGAGAGAGAGAGAGAGUGAGUGUGAGUGUGUGUGUGUGUGAGAGAGAGAGAGAGAAGGCAAAAAGAUCGAAGCAUUUUAGUGGAUAAUUAAUUGAUUACAAGCACUUCUUCGUGUUUGCGGCAGAGUUGAAAUUGAAACUACUGCGAGAAGUUUUAACAAUUCGAAGUAACUGCUACUUCCGAUUCUCGUUUUCUUCUCUCCAGUUAACAGGUUCUGUUUGGAUAGCAGUGAGAGAAGAUAAAUAAGCAAAGAAAGCAUCUUUGGGUAAAUCACUAUGUACAGGCAGUCCCCGAGUCGGAACCAGAGAUCCAAAGGGAUCAGGGUUAAGCAUGUUAUACAGAUUUGUGCUCUCCUUGCUGUUUGCUUUUGGUUGAUAUACCAAGUCAAACAUUCCCAUGACAAGAAGAAAGAGUUCGAAGAAAGCGACGCAAAAGCCUUAACCGAAGGAGCAAACAGCAACGAUCUUAUAAUGCUCGGAAGGAAAGAUAUCCGCCCCCUAGUUGAGGAAACAACCUCCAAGAAUGUGAAGCACGAUGACUCAGCAGAAGAAGAUGAAGAAGUAGAAGAAAAUAGGAACGAAGAAGAUGAGCCAGAGGGCAAAAGGGUGGAAGCUAAGGAGGAUGAAACAGACGAGCACGAAGAAGAAGAGAAAUCGGAUGUAGAAGCUAAUAAAGAAGAUGAUGUGGUAGAAGUUGAUAAAGAAGAUGAUGUGCCGGAUGAAGAGGAGAGAAACGGCGAGGAGAUCGAAAAUCAAGAAACGGAUUCCGAGGAAGGUCAAAGUCAAACUGAGAAGGAGAGUUCGAAGGAGGAUACUGAUAAUCAUGAAGCGCGCGAAGAACAUUACAAGGCAGAUGAUGCUUCUAGUGCUGUGACUCAUAAUACCCCGAUAUUAACUAACGGAAACGAGAGUGAACUUUCGGAAAAUGUUGAAACGGAGAACAAAGAGAAAACCAGUGAAGGAAAUAAUGGAGAGACUAGGAAAGAUUUAGAGGUGGGAGGUGAAAUGGCUCGAGUUGACAACCAGUCAAAUGCAACCACUGCUGAAACCGAGGUAGAAGGUUCAUUAUCGACGAAUAAUACGUUGACAGGUGGAUCCGAUGAUCAGGUGAGCAACACCUCACCUGAGGUUAUAAUAGAGACUCGUGAUGAUGUGUCCUCGCAGAAUGUGACAGAGGGAGCCAAUAAUUCUUUCGUAAAUGUGGAUAAUAAUAAUAGUACAGAUUCUUCUGAAUCAGAAAAGAUUACCACGUCAGAAGAAGGGAAUAACAGUGAGUCUAAAUCAGAAAAGAACGAUGAAACUCAGGCUGUGAAAUCGGAUGAAAGUGACGGUACAUACGAAGCUUCGGAAACUACUGUGACUGAAAAUCCGGAAGAAGUUGAGCAUGAAGAUAUUGAUAUAUCGGAUACAUCUAAUUCUGAGGAAGAUGCAAAUGUUCGAGUGGAUCUCGACACACUUCCACAGAUACAAACAGAAGGAAUCGAAAAUGAAGAAGCUGCUGCAGAAUGAACAUACACCAUGAACUGAAGUUUACCCCUGGUUUAUUUUUCAUAGUAUCUUUUCUUCUUUUUUUUUUUGGGAAAUAUUAUUUACUGUGUGGUGUUUUCGCUUUCGACUUUUGCAGGUAAAGUUUAGGCGAGUUGAGGGUAAUUAAAAUUUUCUUAUAAUAUGUACAAUCAAUCAAUCUAGUUUGUUUCUAUAUUUUGUUUCCGUCGA